GUAAGGUGUAAUAAAUAAAGCAAGUGGGGGUAGUUGUGGUAUUUUUAUUGUUAAAAAAUUAAAUGAGAAGAUUUAUUGUGGACAAAGAAAAAGGGUUAUUGGGAAGAUCUAUGGGGGACGGAGGGAGUAGUAUUUACUUUGUAUAUGUGACAUCAUGGCAGGAAAAAUAGUUUUUGCAGCUCCUUCUAAGCCCCUAGUUUUGCAACAGAUUGAAGCAUGCCAUAACAUUGUAGAUAUACCACAGUAGAUGGCCCUCCAUUUGAUCCUAGCAUAUCCAUGGGACACAACUUCUUUGUGCAGAACCUUCACUGAUAUACUGCAUAGGUUAUGUCACUGCUAUGUGUUCUGUGCUUUCCGCUAAUGUCUUAAUUUUUUUGUUUCUACAUCUUUCUGAGCAAAUCUUUGGUUUCAGGUUUGUUGCUUUGCACAGGGAAAGGAAAAAUAGUUUUUGCAGCUCCUUCUAAGCCCCUAGUUUUGCAACAGAUUGAAGCAUGCCAUAACAUUGUAGAUAUACCACAGGAGUGUGCGAUUGAUCUUACUGGUCAAACAAGUCCUAUUAGAAGAGCUAGCUUUUGGAAAGAAAAACGAGUUUUCUUUGUCACUCCACAAUUAACAUGAUACCAUGGCAGUAGAUGGCCCUCCAUUUGAUCCCAGCAUAUCCAUGGGACACAACUUCUUUGACAGAACCUUCACUGAUAUACUGCAUAGGUUAUGUCACUCCUAUGUGUUGUGUGCUUUCCGCUAAUGUCUUAAUUUUUUUGUUUCUACAUCUUUCUGAGCAAAUCAUUGGUUUCAGGUUUGUUGCUUUGCACAUGGAAAGGUGCAAAUUUAGAGCAUGUUGAUGAGGAACAAAUAAAUGACUAAGGAUGGGUAGGUUGAGCCUUUAAAUAAAUAGGAUCAAUAUUGGGAUGUCUUCAUCAUUCAAAUUGGAGUUAAGAUAAAAAAAUGUAAAUCAAAGAACACUAGGCAGAAGAAGAAUGCUAAUCGAAAUAAAAAAGAAACGAGAUUAAAAUGUUAUCUUUGGGUGUUAGGGUUGAAUGAAGUGGGGAUAAAGAGAGUAAGAGAAGGGCUUGAUUUCCCCAAGAAUAAACAAAUUUUACAUAUAUUUUCCCCAAGAUUUCCCGUUCGCCAUGGCCUCUUCGUCCGCCGCCGCUCUUGAGAUUAUCGACGACGACGAUGAAUUUGACUGGGACGCAGCUGUGAGAGAGAUCGAUGUGGCUUGUGAGGCCAAUGGCGUCGCCCUUCCCGUUAUGGGACAUUCGCUUCGUCUCCUGAUGGAGUUGCGACUUCGACUUCGACUUCCAUCUCAAAUAGGAAAACGCUCAAAACCCCUAAUGGUGGUGGCCUUGCGUCUGGGAAGCAGUCGACUCUUGAUAUGUUUAUGGGAUUUCCGCCUAAGGUUAAGAAUGCCGAAACCGAACCCCACAAUCCAAACGGCGUUGGAGUCAGAAAAGAGGAGUUUGGUAAUGAGGGGGAUGACAGGGUUUGCUUUGUUCCACUUGAUUUGAUGGCAGCCAAAACUUGGAUUUAUCCAGCAAAUCUUCCCGGUCGGGAUUAUCAAUUCGAAAUCACGAGGACUGCACUAUAUUCCUAUACCUUAGUGGCAUUAGCUACUGGGCUUGGAAAAACAUUCAUCGCUGCCGUUGUAAUGUAUAAUUAUUUUAGGUGGUUUCGAGAAGGUACUGCAUCACUUUUUAGCAUUUUUGUCAUUGCAUGUGAUUAAGUGUUCUUGAUGGUAUUUUUUUCUUUCUGGAAAAUGGCAUAAAGAAAUAAGUUAAAGUGAA